AUGUCAAAGUCUAGAAAGCGUAUUGAAGCCAUUGGAGAGAUCUUUAAGAGUGAGAAGUCUUACAUCCAAGACCUCCUUGUUUGGGAAAAGGAUUUCAGAGUAUGGAUUCUUGGAUACCCGUUGUUUAGUACUCCAAAGAUAAAGUAUGAGAUAUGCGAUAGGAUAUUUAUUAACCUGGAUAGGAUCCAAAGGCUUCACAAGAAGAUCUAUGAGGAUAUGAAGAGGGUAAAUCUUGGUAUAUAUUCCGAAAUAACAGGAGGAAAUGUCCUAAGAAAUACUGAUGAAUACAUAAUUGAUAAAAUUGAUGUUGAGAACCCGGGCCUGCGGAAGUUAGAGUAUGUUUCGAUAUACGAGAGGUAUAUUGAGGAGUUUGACCUGUAUAAUGAGUAUGUAAGAAGGCUUCCCAAGGCUGAAUUUGAACUUGAGAAGCUUGUGCAUCGCUAUCCGGAAUUUGCAAAGGGUGUGGAGAACUUUCUAAAAGGAAAGAAUGCCGCAUUUCUUGGGAUAAAGCACUUUCUGUACAGACCAUCGCAGAAGCUUGCAAGGUAUCCUUUGCUUUUGAAGGCUGUGGUUAAGAAUGAGGAGGGGAAUCUUAAGAAAGAAUAUGAAAGACUGAUUGAGAAGUUCAAGGCAAUAGCUAAGAAUGUAGACAAGGAAUUCAAUAAAUUCGGCACGCAAUUUGCAAUGUACAAGCUAGGGAUAAACUUCAGAUAUAAGCAAAAUGUUAAGAAUCAGUAUUGCUUGGCCUUAUUCCAAAAGAAAAGAAAGCUACUGAAAGAAGGAGAAGCACUGGUAAGAGGUAAUUCAAAGGAAGAUUCGAAGAUGUAUAAGAUAUUUGUUUUUGAUCAUCUCAUCUUGAUAUGCGAUUGCCCAGAAGAUAAAUUCUCAGAGAUAUACAUUAAUGAGGAGCCGAUGUUCAUAUCAAGAAUGGUUGCAGUCAAGGAGAAUGUUGAAUUCUUUCCCGAAGAUCCGUUCUUUGAGAAGCUUUUCCCUCUAUUUCUGUUUGAAAGAGGAGGCAUACGAAUGUGGGGAUUGUAUUUCUAUGAUAAAGGAGAGAGGGAUUUGUACUAUAAUAUAAUUCAAAAGGCGAUACUCAGGAUCAGGUCGAACCUUCGAAAUAGCAUAACCUUCAAGAGGUUGCCUUUUGAAGUGAAUGAGACUGUGAGGUAUGCAUGCCAAGCCAAUGAUAGAACUUGGUAUGAUGAAUCCCUUUCUUCUUCAGAUAGUUUAGAAUACAGUACUGGAACAUUAUCCGAAGAAUCCUCACCGGAUAGCACUGAGUACUCAGAGAUGUUUAAGGAUCAGGACGUGACCAAGCUUAUAAAUAAUUUUCACAGGAUUAGGAAGGACGUCGCCUCAAAGGAAGAGAAACUGGACUCGGAGGAAAGCCAGGAGGGAGAUGAGAAAAGCAAAGAGGUAUCUAGUAGGAAAAGAUCUUUAUGGAAGAGCUUUUUUCCAACAGCAGACUUUUUUGUGAGCAGCAUCAAGAUCCCUCCUCCCUUGGAUAGAAAUGACGAUCCCGAUUAUAUUUCUGCACAGAAGGCCAUGUAUAUUAUAGCAAUAGGAGAUGGAGUUUAUCGAUUAUCUAAUGAACAGGCUGACAAGAUCCUAGACAGGCGAGUUGAAAAAAUAAUUUAUGACUCCGCAUAUGAGAUAAUGUUAUACCAGUCAGGGUCGACUUUGUACGCUUCCCACUUCAAUGUUGAGUCGACAAGCAUCGAAGAGAAUGUUCUAAAGGAUGAUGUUGACGACUUCUUUUAUGGAAUAACAAGACAAGGCCCAUGCAUUGCAUCAACAGAUUCCGGGGACGGGAAAUCUGUUUCGAUAUUUCUCUUUUUGGCAGUAGUAUCCAAUGAUGCAAUCACAAUUGAGCUUUCUCGAAAGCUAUAUAUAGGCCUCCAGGUAUACAAUGUUUUUUUUUGCUCUGAAAAGAUUGUGAUAGGAUGCAAAGACUUCGAGAUUGUUGACAUGGAGACCCUUAGGACGGAGGAACUUCUACAAGUCUACGAUCCGUUUAUCCCUAUCCUCUUCCAUGGACUCAAGAAUAUAACUGCAAGGUCGAUUUUCCCUGUUUCUCCCCAUGAAUUCCUUCUAUGCUUCAACACCAUGGGAUUUGUAGUUGACGAUACUGGGAAGCUUAAGCGGACGGAUAUAAUCUUUCUAUGGAACUGCAAUCCAUUAGGGUUCAAAGUAGUCAAGAACUACGUCAUCUGUCUUGGACGUUACAUCAUAAAUAUAUUUGAUCUAAAAACUGGACUUCUGGUAUUUACAAAAUGCCAAAGCAAACUACGGUUUGUGGAGGGAAGUAUGAGACCAUUGCUGCAUGAUGGAAGGAACUUCUACGAGAUAAUGUUUGGACCUGAGGAUAAUGAGAAAGACACUCCAUGA